AUGGAGGUCUCUUCGAAAUUACCCUCGAAAUCGUAUCAAAAACUGUCCAGAUUGAUACACAUUAAGGAUAUAUUGGCAUGUUUUAAGAACAUCAAUGAUAAUCUGGUUCACAUUCAAAAGAUUGUAAUAAAUGAUAUGAAGUCACGUGUCUCCAAUGUGAUAUGUCACACGCAAAGAAAUAAUUUUUUGCUGAUAGAACUUAGAAUUUUGAAAAAGAAACAUCUAAUGACUAGCAACGCGGUACAAAUGCUGAAUAUAAUCUUCAAUCUGCAACUCCUUGCUGCUAUAGUCAUGUCCUUUUUAAUUGUCACCUUUGAGUUGUAUUUCUACGCAGUACGUUGGCAAAAUGGAGUACUUAUCGGACUGGAUUGGCACUUUCUUGAUGUGCUUGUAACAUCCGUGACAUAUAACAUUUUUCAAAUAAUACUAAUUGUAUGGGCCUGCGAGACGGGUAAGAAUCAAGCCCGAAAUAUCGGUACUACCGUUCACGAUUUACUUAAUAGUACCAAUAAUGAGAAAAUCAAAUACGAGUUGCAACUGUUUUCUUUACAAUUAUUACACCGUAAAAAUACAUUUUCGAUGAAAGGUUUGACUAUAGAUGCGACGCUUCUUGCAGCAAUAGUGGGGAAUAUUACCACGUACUUACUAAUCUUGAUACAAUUUUCAAAUAUGUCGCAUUCUUGCGACAGAGAAGCAGCAAUUAGUGUUACACAAUCUAAUUAG